UCGGUGAAGUGUUAGUGAAAGUUUAACAGCCAGUGAUUCACAAUGGCGAAAGGAAUGGUACCUGAAGAUAAGACUUUUGAAGAAGCUGUCACAUUGACAGGUUUCGGUAAAUUUAACCUUUUCGUUCUCCUGGCUACAGGAGGGAGUCUGAUGUGCGUCAUCGUAGAGACCAUGAGUGCCAUGUUCAUAACACCAGCCGCACAAUGUGACUUAAACCUAAGCUUAGGAGAUAAAGGACUUUUAUAUUCCAUCAGUUUCUUCGGUGUUGUAUCCGGAUCACAUCUGUGGGGAUAUUUAGCCGAUACAAAAGGACGGAAAAUAGUAACUAUAAUAUCGCUGAUUAUAAGUUGCAUCCUCAGUAUUAUUUGUAGUAUUGUUUCAGAAGUGUGGUUAUUUAUAUUGUUACGAUAUUUCAAUGGAUUUUUUAUUGCAGGAUCAUCUGCAAUUAUUUACGCUUACGCUGGAGAAUUUCACGACAACAGAUAUAGACCAAAAGUGGUAUCAUGGAUAGCAACAUUUGUCGCUUUUGGCAACAUCUACUUACCCGGCAUGGCCUGGGCCAUCCUCCCCCAACAAUGGUCUUUGGAUCUACCAGUCCUUAACGUUCCCUUCCGACCAUGGAGAUUAUUGAUGAUUAUCUACGCUUUACCAAGUUUGUUUUCUGUAGCACUCGUGUUUCUUCUUCCGGAAAGUCCAAAAUAUCUAAUGACAAAAGGACGAAGCGAAGAAGCAAUGGAAGUACUGCGAAAGAUUUUUGUGAUUAACAGUGGGAAAAGCGGUGAUGAAUAUCCCGUAAAAUCUAUUUUAUGGGUAAAUGAAAAUACUGUGCAGCAUAAAGAUAAUGAGGGGAUAUUGAGUUCCAUGUGGCACCAAACUGUACCAUUGUUUCGGAGGAGUCACUUUUUGAAAACUGUCAUGGUUUGCUAUCUACAGUUCGCAAUAUUUUUGACGACCUCAUUUGUUAUGAUGUGGUAUCCACAGAUAUUAAACAGUAUGAAUGAACUAGGACAAACAGUACCCGAAAACGAAGUAACCAUGUGUAAGGCGAUUUUGUAUGACGAAUCUUAUGACAAUAAUUCCACCGAUAUAUUUGCAGAAAGAGUACUUAGUGUGGAAUAUAAAAAAGCUAGAGCUUUAUCAUCCACAGUUUGCCAUGACAAUGUUAACGAAGAAGUAUUCUUCGUAUCUUUAAUGAUAGGAUUUACAUAUGCAGUUUGCUAUAUAUCAAUUGGAACCGUGAUCAACUUGGCAGGACCCAGAAAACUUCUAAUAGGAUUUAUAUCGAUUACCACAGUAGCUGGAAUAUGUGCGCAGUUAAUCAACAGUUACACAUAUGUACAAAUCUCUCUAGGUAUUUUCCUAAUGGCAGCUACUGGCGUGGGUAUAGUUAACGCAAUAGUUGUGGACCUAUACCCUACAGAAAUUCGAGGAAUGGCCCUGGCAGUUUCUCUGAUGUUUGGAAGAUUUGGUGCCAUGACAGGCUCAAAUAUUGCAGGCUAUAUUUUCUUCAACUUAUGUGAUUAUACGUUUUACAUUAUCACAGCUCUUCAUAUAGUCGUAAUUAUUGUCAUCGUACUCUUGCCAUCACAAAAACCCAUAGGACAAGUCAAAGGACCAAUAUAAUGAAUACCAUCUGGUUUUAAUAGAUUUAAUAAAUUAUUACUUUGUUAUAUAUUUUAAGUCUAAUUUUAUUGUUUUUAAUAAAGUUUGUAAUUUGUAUAA